CUUAGCAACUAGACUAUACUAAUAUAUAUUAUAUAUAUAUAUAUAGUAAAGAUAAUAAUAUACUCCUUCUUUUAGUUUCAUUAAAUGGUUAUAUUCAAAUUAAUUCAAAAAGAAUAUAAUCAUGAUGCACAAAUUAUAUUUAUAUGGAAAUUACAAAAACUUACUCAUAUAUUAGAAUAUAAUGAUAUUUUAAAGAAAUUACAUGAAUUAAAUAAUUUCAAAUAUAAAGAUUAUAUAAUUCAAUGGAAUUAUAAUCAUAAUAUGUAUCAAAUUACAAAUACAGAAGAUUUAAAAAAUGCACUCAAACAAUUAUAUCGUAAAUAUAUCAAAGAUCGAUGUAUCCGAUUUCAUAUUACUCCAUUAUCACAUUAUCAUGAAUAUGGACCACCGCCACCGUAUGAAAUUAUUUCCUCUUCUUCAUUAUUAUAGUUUAUAAAUAAUUUCUAUAUAUAUAUAUAAAAGAAAAGAAAAUCAUACAUCAAUUCA